ACCACCAUCUCUUACUAAGCUAGCUCAUUUAGACCAUCGAACACUUUGCCCACUCACCUUCUCUUCCCCUCUACGGCUCUACCUACCAUGGCUAGCGCUUCCCCAACACCACCAUCACUACAAUUGCCACCAUCCUCGCCGGAACACACUCCCUUUUCAUCCAAGUCCGAGCCCUUAUCUCCAAGAUCACCACCAUCUCCUCCUCGGCCAGCAAUCUCCCUCCAACAGCCAACCAACAAGAAAGGCCCUUCUAAGUCUGCCAAGCUCUUCCGCCGUUUCCGAGCAGUUUUCCGGUCAUUUCCUAUCAUAACACCCACUUGCAAGAUUCCUGUAUCACUCCACGGAAACCGCCUCCACGACGGGCACAUCCACGGUGGGACACGCAUGACUGGAACCUUAUUCGGCCACCGUAAAGCUAGGAUUAACCUAGCCAUUCAAGAAAAUCCAAGCUCCCUCCCUAUUCUUUUGCUUGAACUCACAAUAUCCACCGGAAAACUCCUCCAAGAUAUGGGAAUGGGGUUGGUGAGGAUUGCCCUGGAAUGCGAAAAGAAACCAAACGAGAAGACCAAGAUCGUAGAUGAACCUAUCUGGACAAUGUAUUGUAAUGGCAGAAAAUCAGGAUAUGGGGUGAAGAGAGAACCAACAGAUGAAGAUUUGAUCGUAAUGCAAAUCUUGCGUGUGAUAUCCAUGGGGGCAGGUGUGCUACCGGACGACGGAACUGAGCAUCCGGACGGUGAACUGACGUACAUGAGAUCCCAUUUCGAACGUGUAAUCGGGUCUAAGGAUUCAGAGACUUACUAUAUGAUGAAUCCUGAUGGAAACAGUGGACCAGAACUUACCAUAUUCUUUGUUAGGAUUUGA